GUAAUUAAUCAAUUAUCGGACUAAUCAAACUUCGGACAGUUAUAUUUUGAAAACUAAACAUGAUUUUCCAGUGAUUUUUGCACUAGAUAUAGAUCAUCACAAUAUCUGUUUGCAUGGUAAAAAUCAAAGCAUUACCUUCUUUUUUUGUAAAGAUAUAAUUUGCUAAACACACUUCGUAGAUUCACACAAUAAUCGGCCGUGUUAACUCAAUUUUCGUCACUUAGCCACAACGAAGCAAGCUUUGUUCGAAGAAUAGUUUUGUACCACCAGAACUUUAGUACUGACUGUCUUCUUCAAAUACCUCUGUAAACAUCUUGGUCAUCUUUGCUUACUGUUCAGGUAUUAUACGUUUUUAGUUAAUUAUCAUUAUCGGUCACACCCAUCUUCAUUAAUUGCUGCAACAAAGCACGAGGCUCCUUGUUUGUAUUUUUGUUUGGACUCAUUGAAUCUCUCAGCUGCCUUUUCUUAUCAUAAAUACUACCUCUAUUGAAUAUGGCGACACGCCCAUGUACAUACUCUACAUGGCCUGAAAUAAGCAUGACGAAUGCUAUCAAAGCAGUUGAAGAAGAGGGGUUGACAGUUAGACUUGCAGCGGAGCUAUAUGGCAUUCCCAAAUCAACACUUUAUGACAGGAUCAGGGGAAAUGUUCAACAUGGAACUAAACCUGGCCCAGUGCCGUAUCUUACAAAAGAAGAAGAGGUUAUUUUGGCUAAGUUUUUAAUCAAAUGUUCUCAGAUUGGAUUUCCCCGCACAGUUUCAGAAGUUCUUGCACUAGUAAGACAAACAAUUCAGUCAAAGGGUUUAAGUGACGUCUCAAUUUCUUAUGGAUGGUGGCAGAAAUUUUGUAACAGGCACAGUGAAUUAUCACUUCGUACUGCUGUACCUUUAAGUCUUUCGAGAGCCAUGGCCACUGAUAAUAGUGUCAUACAAAAGUAUUUUGAUAUACUUGAAGACACACUUAAAGAAAAUUCUUUAUUCAACAAUCCAACUCGCAUAUUCAACUGUGAUGAAACAGGACUCCCAUUGAAUCCUAAAUCUUUGAAAGUUGUGAGUGGUCGUGGAGCUAAGAAUGUCAGUCAAAUCACUGGAGAAGGGAAGUCUCAAAUCACAGUUCUGGCAUGCACUUGUGCAGCUGGAGUACCGUUGCCUCCAUUUGUAAUAUUUGAUCGUAAGACCUUUAAUGAUCAGCUAAUGGUAGGAGAAAUACCAGGUACACUUUACGGCUCAUCUCCAAAUGGAUGGAUCAGUAGAGAGCUAUUUUUGUACUGGUUUCGUAAGCUAUUUUUAACGAGUGUUCCUAGCGUACGUCCUCUCCUUCUCCUGAUGGAUGGUCAUUCUACUCAUUAUGGUCCUGACCUUAUCAAAAUAGCAGCUGAAGAGCAAAUUUUAAUAUUUGUAUUGCCACCCAAUACCACUCAUUUAACACAGCCACUUGACAAAGGGUGUUUUGGGCCAUUAAAAACUGCUUGGAAG